GUUUCUUUGCUCAACAAGAACCCAGCUUGAUUGCUGCCGCCACAACAAAGCUCAAACCUUUUGUCCUCUACAGAGUUUAACUCAUGUCAUUGCUCGAAGUGAUCACCAAGGCUUCGGCCGAGUCCCAAUCGCUUGGUUCUCCAUCAGAAUACCCUAUUGUUCUUGACCCAGAUUCCAUUUUCGCCAAUUUGAAACCCAAACUCGAUGACCCAAAUCCCAUCUCUGCUGCUAUUCCUCUUUGUGGUUGGCAGAUUUCACAGACCGAUUCAGAGCUCAUUGAGUUGGGUAAGAAGUUCAGUGCCAAGCUUAAGAAGAAGCUCAAAAACCCAGUUAAGUUCGAUAAGGCUGAGUUCUUGGGAAUGGUGAAUCAAUUUCUUGAGAAGAUUAGGGAAAAGGUUGGGGUUUCGGUUGGGGUUGAUUCUAGUAAUGAUGGGUAUACAAGGGUUUUGAUUGAGAAGGUUGGGGAGUACAUGGGGAAGGAUGUUGCUGGUUUGGUUUUGGAUGCUUGUGUUGUGUUGGAGGUUUGGGAAUUAGUAGGGGCUUUGAUUGCAAAUGGGCUUGUUUCGAAUUCUUGUUAUGAGGAUUUGGUUGCGAAAAUCGUGGCAAAGAGGAGGACAGAGUUGCUUUGUAUGUGUGUUAGGUAUGCUUCCGAUCUUGGAUCGUCGGAGUUGGUGAUGAUCUUCAAGUAUUUUCUUAGUCCAAGUAAAGUUGCUUAUGCUAGCAUUGUGGAGGUGAGGAAGGAAUGGGAGAGCCAAGCCUUGUUAGCCGCAGAGAAGGCCAGUGAUAAGAGUCUGUCGGGGAAGAAACUAAGCAUGGCAAAAGAGGCUGCAGUGUUGCUUAUGGUGGCAUAUGAUGGCUUCUCUUCCGCGGAACUCUGUCUGCAUUAUUUGUUGGUGUCAAAGAAUGUUGAUGAGGUGAUACUGUCGUCUGCGAUUAGUAAGUUGAAUGGGAAAGAGAUGGUGAGUUUGCUUCGGUAUUUGGGUAAGUGGCUGAAGAAGUACGAGAGGUUUCCUCAGGCAGGUCCCUGCCACAAGGCAUCAACAACAUUGGGUUUGAAGGCUUGUGAUUGGGUUCCUAAACUUGAAGAUGUUCUGAAAUGCACUGGGGUAGUGCUGGAUGAGAAUUACUCUGCAUUGGUGUUGCAUCCAGAGUUUCACGAAGAGUUGAGGUCUAUAAACAAAGUCGUUGGUUCCUUGACCUUGGAAGCAAGGCUCUGCUGCUCUGUGGCCAAUGUAGCUGAUAAGUUGAAAGCUGAAGUUUAAGGUUGCGGAACCGGCUUCUGUGAUGGUGUUUCGUCAAUAUUCUUUUUGAGUUUCUUCUGUGAUAUUGGGCUCCAUCAAUACUGUAGUAUGGCUGGAAUUUUGUUAUGAAUGAAUUUUUGCAGUUACUAUGAACUUUGAAUGUUCAUGUUUA